CUAAAAAGACACUUCAGGGUGUCAGCUGCACUGCUAUGAGCACAUCCCGGGUAAAUACUGGGCGGGCAGCAAUGAUUAAGAGAGGAGGUGAGGGGGCAGAUUUGGGAGUGUUUUUCGGAGUUACGUACGCGCCCAAGUUUCUGUCAGCUAGCCAAGUAGCCAAUUAGCUUAAAAGUUGUGUCUUGAGUGGGGCAACUCCUAUUUGAACUAUGUACUUCAGCUCUCCAUCAGACUCAAGCAUACAGAAAGUGAUAGCGACUGAAUUUAUUUCAGUCUGACUCGCUACAUAACCGGACCUCGUUAUGUUUUUCUCUCAGUUUGUGUUUUUGUUUGGGAAGAGAAACCAAGGUUAAUAAUGUGUUGACGAGUGGAACUGGGACCGGUCCGAAGGUCGAGUUACAGCCUCAACAACUCGACCGAUCACCCGGGGAAGAUAAGAUAUUAUCGGGUCACACCAACUAACGCCAACAUGAGCUGACCAUAGAAGAUGAGGGGCUGAUUUGAGGACUAUUAGGACGAACUUUCUUUUACAAUGGGGAGUCAGAGGAACGGUUUCAAGAAGGAAACCUUCAUCUUGUCAGUGGACGUCGGUACAACAUCAAUCAGAUGUCACGUCUACGACAAGGAAGCAAAAAUCCGAGGAUCAUGUACCACCAAGGUUGUUCUCUUGUAUCCAGAGGUUGGACGUGUGGAGAUGGACCCAGAUGCACUGUGGAAAGGGUUUAUCGAUGUGGUCAAGGGUGCUGUGCAAGAUGCAGGAGUACAAAUGCGCCAGAUAGAGGCCCUCGGCAUCUCCACUCAACGAGGCACCUUCACAACAUGGGACAAGAAAACUGGAGUUCCCUUCCAUAACUUCAUCAGCUGGCAGGAUCAGAGAGCCGCAGACUUGGUGAAGUCCUGGAACAGAUCCUGCACCAUGAAGGCAAUCCAUGGGGUGAUGAAGGUGGUGUACUUUCUGACCAGGCAGAAGCGUUCACUUGCUGCAAGUCUUAUCGUCUUUUCAACUCAACAUGUGACCUUCCGCCUCGUCUGGGUCUUGACACAUUACAAGCAGGUUCGUCAAGCAGUAGCUGAGGGCAACUGCGUCUUUGGAACAAUAGACACCUGGCUCCUGUUCAAACUCACAAAAGGACAUGUCCAUGCCACAGACUUUUCAAAUGCCAGUUCAACAGGGAUUUUCGACUCCUAUCAGAUGUGUUGGAGUGGUUUCCUCUGCUCUCUUGUUUCUCUGCCUCUCUCUAUUUUCCCCACAGUAGAAAAUACAGGCCAUGACUUUGGUUCCACAGACGUGUCUAUCUUUGGAGUAUCCAUUCCUAUCAUGUCAGUGAUGGCAGACCAGCAGGCAGCCAUGUUUGGAGAGUGCUGCUUUGAUGUCGGUGAUGUAAAGAUCACCAUGGGAACAGGCACUUUCAUGGACAUCAACACCGGGAGCAAACCUCAUACAUCUGUAGCAGGUCUGUAUCCUCUGGUGGGGUGGAAGAUCGGCCCAGAGGUGGUGUACCUAGCGGAGGGCAAUGCAGCAGACACAGGCACUGCCAUCAAAUGGGCACAGGAGCUGGAGCUCUUCUCUGACGUCCAGGAGACCAGUGCCAUGGCGUACAGUGUCAGUGAUGCUGAUGGAGUGUGUUUUGUACCUUCCUUCAGUGGCCUUCAGGCUCCUCUGAAUGAUCCCAAAGCUUGUGCUUCACUCAUGGGCCUCAAACCUUCAACCACCAAAAGCCAUCUAGUCCGUGCCAUACUGGAGUCUGUCGCCUUCAGAAACAAGCAGCUGUACGAGACGAUGCUGAGAGAAACUCGCAUCCCCGUCACCAGGAUCAGGGUGGAUGGUGGUGUUUCUGCCAAUGACUUUGUCAUGCAGCUGACUGCAGACCUGUUUGGCAGAAAGGUAGCCAGACCCCAACACCACGAGAUGUCGUGUUUGGGGGCUGCUUUUGUUGCUGGACUUGGAGUGGGCUUCUGGAGGACCCGGGAAGAGCUAAAGAAGCUGCAGAACACCGAUGAGGUGUUCUUGCCUAAAGGCUCAUCCAAAGAGGAUGCUGGUGGCAGUCUGAAUCGGGAAUACAUCCCCGUCCUCCAGAGCUGGGAGAGAGCUCUCCGCCGUUCCAUGAAUUGGUACAGCAAGCCUUGACUCAGAAAGUCCUUUUUAAACAGAAUUAGUAACCAUCAGCUGUACUGUGAACUAGCUUAACAGUUUGUGAAUCAAAAUUGAAUCUUGGUCCAGAUACAAGUGUUUUUUUUUUCUCUACUGUCAAACAAAACACAGCCGUACGUCACAUACACUCAGAUAAUUGUAUAGCACUGAUAACUACAGCUGAAAGCAGGAUUGUGGGAAAGGUCCAGUACAGGUCUGAUCCAGGCCCCAGUGCCAUCAGCCACCUUCACAUCCUUGAAUUGUUGACCAUAUACAGAAGUGACAAUAGCUUUACUUGGUUUCCUCACACAGUAGCAGCCUUUAUGGAUAAAUCCUCUAUUCACAUCUCAGGUCACUGGUGCCUCUUCAUAUCACAGUAUUUUAUCCAGGUAGAAUGAUAUUUGUUAUAAUAUUUUCCCACAUGGGGGCGCUAAUUACUGACUUUACAGCUUUUUAAUUUAUGAACUUGCCAAUGCAACCACAUGCCAGGUGUUAACAAGGGGCCAUAGAUUAAAAUCAUUUGUAUCAGAUUCACACAUGAUCCUCUGUAGGAGAAACAAAGGCUGCACCCUCCUGUUCACGAUACCUCAAGAUUCAAAGAGCUCCACAUAGGAAAAAAAAUUGUCGUGUCAGACAUUCAACAAAUGCAGUUUAGUGUUUACCUGAUUGCGUGGUAUUUUCACUCUGUUAUUUCAUGAAAAUGCUAGUCCUCUUAACAAAAUUUCCAAUUCACACAUGUUGCCUUUCAGAAAUCAGGAGCAGCUUUGGUUUGUAAUCUCAAAUUAGUUGCAUUUAUCCUCAAACUGAAGGCAAUGAGUUUGCAUGGCAUGACAUUGUUUAAAUGUGACUGGAGAAAAAUCACAUCAUCUCAAUUGGUAAAAAUUUUUAAAAUGUUUCAAAUGUUUUAAAAUUUUUGUUCAGGUUGACUGGGAGUAAUUUGGGAUUUUUAUGGGUAUAUAUGGGAUAGAUUAGAGAUAAGAAAAUCUAGUCUAAAUAGAAAUAACUUCUGUGUCAACUCACACAAAAUCUCCUCAAAAUCUUUUGCUAUGGAGCAGCUUCAGGUUGAACAUCUUUAUGAAAUCUUAGAUCAGCACCUGCAUUCUCUGCUGUUUAGGAACACGUUGGCCAGGGAUACAAAUAUUAAUUGAUAUGACAUAACAAAACCAGGAAAUAAACAGAUUUGUUCUGAGCAUUAUUCCUUGUCAGUCCAUGUUGUGCAGCCAUUAUGACAGUGAUUAGUUUGUGUUUAUCGAUUCUUUGUCCCGGCCUUAUGAAUUUCAAAGGGACAGUCGUGGUGAUGUCAUAUGAUAAUGUUUUGACUCAAGUCUUUUACUUGACCUGAUGAACUCUGAUGACAAAGUUGUGUUAUGAUUAAAUGUGCCUGCACCUCCAUCACAUAAUCACAAAUUACUAAAAACAAAGUAAACUGUGAAUCUCACUGUAGAAAUGUUCUGAUUGCAAGGUAUUGUUAAAUAUUGUCUACUUGUAUUACUUUAUUACAGUUCUUUGUCAUGCACUUAACUUUGUUAUGCAAAGAGACACUGUAUAAUACUGAAGUUAACACCUCAGAUUGAAAUGACAUUUCAACACACAUUCAUUUCUUGAAUGGCAAAUGUCAUCCUAAGCUGCUGGGAAAUAACAAAUAAUUAAAGUGUGAAAUCAUACAUUUUGUUACCAAACCGCUGAAAAUAUCAGGUCUGGUGUGUACGAUGCAAAAAAUCUAGUAUUAAAAACAUGAACCAUCA